CUUUUGUGCUAGAGUGUUUGCUGGCUUUUGCUCCAUGCAUGUAUAGCUGCUCUUGAUUUGAUUGGCACCCCAGUUGUAACCUCAGAACAUCCCCCUUUCCCUUCCUGCUCUGCCCCCACUUCUUUCUAGAGCAGAAGGGACUUGGCUUUGACCCCUACCCAUCCUUCUUGCUGCCACUGGAGGUGGGAGCCAGGCACUGACCUGUCUGGGCAGAACCAUCCCUUGUAGGAUGAGGCCUGUCCUUACUCAUUUCUCAAGAAACUAGAAGCUUCCAAAAGCCUCAUCAUCCUCCGGUUGAUGAAGUCUGUGUGCUUACCAGCCACCACCGGAGGACCCGCUGCUUGACAGGGGAGGGACGUUCCAGCUUGGUCUCCAGGAGCAACUGUACCUGGAGAUCAAGUUCAGAUACCAGGGAGGGAUGGAGAUGCUCUUCCACAGUCUGGCCACUCGCUGGGCCAUGUGAACCAGCAGAGGAGGCUUCCUUGGCUAUGCUAUUGUUCCCUGCUGUCCAGGGAGAAUGGAGGCGGACUGAGAGGAGUGAAGUUUGGGCAAACUGCACAGCCGCUUUUCAGCCUGAAAAUUUGUUCUUUUUACAGAAUCCAGGUUCUCCCCUCCCUCAUCACUGCUGCUCCUUACUUUUCUUUGAAAGUCUAAACCACCAGAGGCCUCUUUUUCCUUCCUCUCUCCUUCCCCAGUUUCCUCUGCCCCAAUUAAAAGCAGGAUGGAGAACAUUUGCUGGCUUGUCCCAAUUAUUGUACCCUUGCCCAAAGGGAGGGGCCUCUGUCGUGGCCCCUCAGAAAACUGGCAGUCUAGGUUUCUACCUUUCCCCUACGUUAACUCUCAGCCCCCCACCCAUCGCCUGGGGUUGCAGCUGUCGGCUGGCAGGAGGGGAUGGGUCUGCCUAUCGUGCUGGGACUUGCAGAACCAAAUGGGCCAGGGGCCAAGUUCUUCAUUCUUUUUGGGGAGACCAAUGGUACCUUCCCUUAACGGGAAAAUGAGAAAUAUUGAGGGGAAGAUGGACUGCGAUCUAAACGCCCUAGCUCUCAGGCCUGGACUCCAGAGUUUAGCCAGAUGCCUAAACCACCCAAGCCGAGAAAGAACUUAAGACAGAUUGAGGGAAGGCGCGAGCACCGCCCAGGACUUGGUAGGGUGCGAGCCGAGAGCAGUCCAGGAGGGAGCGCGCCUAGGGCGGAGCGUAGGCUGUGGGGAGGGCCGGGAGUCCGGGGCCGCCCCACACCCGCACUCCUCCCGUGCCUCUGCUCUCCGCCCGUGGGGAGUGGUGGGGGCCUGGGUGGGAAGGGGCGUGUGCCAGCGCACGCGCGCUCCCGGGAAGAAGAGGUCUCAGCCUGAACGAGCGGCUCUAGGUUUUCGGGAGGGAGGACCAGGCAUGUUUGUGAGCGGCUGGAACCAGACGGUGCCGACGGAGGAAGCGGGCUCCAUGGCUGCCCUCCUGCUGCUGCCCCUGCUGCUGCUGCUACCGCUACUGCUGCUGAAGCUACACCUCUGGCCGCAGUUGCGCUGGCUCCCGGCGGACUUGGCCUUCGCGGUGCGCGCCCUGCGCUGCAAAAGGGCUCUUCGAGCUCGCGCCUUAGCCGCGGCUGCCGCCGACCCGGAAGGUCCCGAAGGGGGCUGCAGCCUGGCCUGGCGCCUCGCGGAACUGGCCCGGCAGCGCCCCACGCACACCUUUCUCAUUCACGGCUCGAGGCGCUUUAGCUACUCGGAGGCGGAGCGCAAGAGUAACAGAGCUGCGCGCGCCUUCCUGCGUGCGCGAGGAUGGGACUGGGGACCCGGCGGCGACAGCGGCGCGGGGAGCUCUGGAGAAGGCGAGCGGGCAGCGCCGGGAGCCGGAGAUGCAGCGUCCGGAAGCGGCGCGGCGCUUGCUGGAGGGGACGGUGCGGCCAGAGGUGGAGGAGCCGCCGCCCCUCUGGCACCUGGAGCUACCGUGGCGCUGCUCCUACCCGCUGGCCCAGAGUUUCUGUGGCUCUGGUUCGGGCUGGCCAAGGCCGGCCUGCGCACGGCCUUUGUGCCCACCGCCCUGCGCCGGGGCCCCCUGCUGCACUGCCUCCGCAGCUGCGGCGCGCGCGCGCUGGUGCUGGCGCCAGAGUUUCUGGAGUCCCUGGAGCCGGACCUGCCCGCCCUGAGAACGAUGGGGCUCCACCUGUGGGCUGCAGGCCCUGGAACCCACCCUGCUGGAAUGAGCGAUUUGCUGGCUGACAUGUCCACUGAAGGGGAUGGGCCAGUGCCAGGAUACCUCUCUUCCCCACAGAGCAUAACAGACACGUGCCUGUACAUCUUCACUUCUGGCACCACGGGACUCCCCAAGGCUGCUCGGAUCAGUCAUCUGAAGAUCCUGCAAUGCCAGGGCUUCUACCAGUUGUGUGGCGUCCACCAGGAAGAUGUGAUCUACCUCGCCCUCCCGCUCUACCACAUGUCUGGCUCCCUGCUGGGCAUUGUGGGCUGCUUGGGCAUUGGGGCCACAGUGGUGCUGAAGUCCAAGUUCUCGGCUGGUCAGUUCUGGGAAGAUUGCCAGCAGCACAGAGUGACAGUGUUCCAGUACAUCGGGGAGUUGUGCCGGUACCUUGUCAAUCAGCCCCCGAACAAGGCAGAGCACGGCCAUAAGGUCCGGCUGGCAGUGGGCAGCGGGCUGCGCCCAGACACGUGGGAGCGUUUUGUGCGGCGCUUCGGGCCCCUGCAGGUGCUGGAGACAUAUGGACUGACAGAGGGCAACGUGGCUACCAUCAACUACACAGGACAGCGGGGUGCUGUGGGGCGUGCCUCCUGGCUGUACAAGCACAUCUUCCCCUUCUCCUUGAUUCGCUAUGACGUCACCACAGGAGAGCCGAUUCGGGAUGCCCGGGGGCACUGUGUGGCCACAUCUCCAGGUGAGCCAGGGCUGCUGGUGGCCCCGGUGAGCCAGCAGUCCCCAUUCCUGGGCUAUGCUGGCGGGCCAGAGCUGGCCCAGGGGAAGUUGCUAAAGGACGUCUUCCGGCCUGGGGAUGUUUUCUUCAACACUGGGGACCUGCUGGUCUGCGAUGACCAAGGCUUUCUCCGCUUCCAUGAUCGUACUGGAGACACCUUCAGGUGGAAGGGGGAGAAUGUGGCCACAACCGAGGUAGCAGAGGUCUUAGAGGCCUUGGAUUUUCUUCAGGAGGUGAACGUCUAUGGAGUCACUGUGCCAGGGCAUGAAGGCAGGGCUGGAAUGGCAGCCCUGGUUCUGCGUCCCCCUCACUCUUUGGACCUUAUGCAGCUCCACACUCAUGUGUCUGAGAACCUGCCACCUUAUGCCCGGCCCCGAUUCCUCAGGCUCCAGGAGUCUUUGGCCACCACAGAGACCUUCAAACAGCAGAAAGUUCGGAUGACAAAUGAGGGCUUUGACCCCAGCACCCUGUCCGACCCACUGUAUGUCCUGGACCAGGCUGUAGGUGCCUACCUGCCCCUCACACCUGUGCGGUACAGCGCGCUCCUGGCAGGGGACCUUCGAAUCUGAGACCUUCCACACCUGAGGCACCUGAGGGAGGGACUCUGUAGGGUGGGGGCCGUUCGUUGCAGGUGCGCUGGGCUGUCAGGGACCUUUUCUAUACUUCGGUCACUAUUUUGUAAUAAAUGUGGCUGGAGCAGAUCCAGCUGUCUUUCUGACCUACA